UUUUUUUGCCAUUGCAAGACUAGAAUUGCUCAUCAUACAGAACAGUUACUCCCAUCAAGUUCUGUUACCUGUUACCAUACACAUGUGAAUCCAUGUUCAUGUACAUUCCAACAACUUUAUAAACUUUCUUUUUAUGCUUGACAUGAAUGAAGGGAUAAAAAUAUCAGGUCUUGGAUUAAAGAUAAAAUUGUUCUUAAACAAAAUGGAAACAGACCCUGAUGCACAAAUAGGCAAAGAACAGAAAAUCAAGGCCAGCUUAUAUUUUAGUAUAAAGCAGAUAGCCAAAGAAGUGGAGGAGGAAAUGGAAGUUUCUAUUAGUGCUCCAGUUCUUGCCACUCUAUGUGAGAGCUUAGUUCGACAAGCAGAAUGUUAUGCACUGGAUCUGGAAAAUUUUGCUAAACAUGCUAAGAGAACAACCAUAAAUGUAGAUGAUGUCAAACUGUUGGCAAGAAGAAACAGUGCAAUGUUGGAACAUUUAAACUCACUAUCAGAAGAGCAGUUGGCACAGAAGAAUGUCAGCAAGCCUUCAAAGAAGUCUACAAAAAGCAAACAGACUACUCAUGAUGAUUUAGAUAAUUGACUACAAGUAUGGUAUUCAGCUUUAUAAUCAAAGGAAACUCCCUGAACCACAGUGUUUGGCUUAAAGACAGUUAAUGCUGUUGUUGAAAGAAUCUGUCCCCAGUAUUUGGACAGCACCACUGGAUGUA